AUGGGGAAAUGUGGACUUAGAAUGAUCAUAGAGUUUCAUAAACGUGUUAUCGAUUCUCGUUAUGAUAUUUGUAGCAUUUUUCAAUUUCCAUCCGACUCGAGAAAAAAAGCUUAUUUUGUGAAAGCAAAGCAUUCUCCUGGUUUUUCUAGGGGGACUGCAGAAGUUUUCUCAGUUAUGAGUGAACAGUGA